AUGUAUGGCAAAAUUCUGAAACAAUUAGAAGAACCGAGAUCUUAUUUGGUUGAAACCAAAAGUGGUACAUUCCGAAGGAAUCGGUGGCAUUUAGUUCCCGCUCCUUACUAUCAGUUCACACCAAACAAUUUUGAAUUUAGAAAUCAAGUCACUCCAGCACUCUCGGAAGUAGAUGAUAAUGCUCGCGGUAAUUUGAAUGUGAGUACUAAUGUACCCAAUGCUCACAAAUUUGAUGUUAACCCUGAAGUAACAAGCGAGAAUGAUAAUGUUCGUGAAAGUUGUGAAGAUAGAGUUUGUGAUCCGGUUAGUGAGGUCCAAAAUAACGACAGUGCUAGUGUUCGCUCUCGAUCUACUCGUAUAAUUAAGAGACCUUCUUAUUUAAAGGAUUAUGUAUCUUAA